AUGGAGUAUCACAAAGGUUUAGAGGCUACUGGGCUACUGGCCCUGGUUUUAGCGGUUGCUCUUCGGACGGAACUAAAAGCGGAGAAGAGUGGGAGCAGUCGAAUCCUCUGCGAUUUGCAAUUAGGGUUUCAUCAAAAGGGUUUCGCGAGUGAGGUGAAAAUGGUCGCUGACAAGAGCAAGAAGGCGAAAGUCGAAGAGGAAAACGUCGAGCAAAUUGAUGUAGAGCUUGUCCUCUCAAUUGAAAAGCUUCAGGAGAUCCAAGACGACCUCGAGAAGAUAAACGAAAAGGCUAGCGAUGAAGUCUUGGAAGUGGAGCAGAAGUAUAACGUGAUAAGGAAACCUGUCUAUGACAAGCGUAACGAAAUCAUCAAAGCAAUCCCUGAUUUCUGGCUUACUGCUGUAAUAGGGUGCUUGGAACAGUCUUUCUCUAAUAACUGGGAUUUGGAAUCUGUGUUUCCUUUGCAGUUCAUGAGUCACCCUGCGCUAUGUGAACUCUUGACAGAUGAAGACCAAAAGAUUUUCAAAUAUCUUAGCUCUCUGGAUGUUGAGGAUGCCAAAGAUGUGAAAUCUGGAUACUCGAUCACUUUUCACUUCAGUCCCAACCCCUAUUUUGAGGAUGAGAGUCUAACGAAGACUUUUGACUUCCUCGAUGAAGGGACUACCAAAAUCACAGCCACACCUAUCAAAUGGAAAGAGGGCAAGGGCUUGCCAAAUGGAGUGAAUCACGAGAAGAAAGGAAACAAACGUGCAUUCCCUGAAGAGAGUGAUGCUCAACACAAGGAGGACGUUGAGGAGGAGCUUCAAGACGAGGACGCUGAUGAAGAGGAUUUUGAGGGAGAUGAUGAUGGAGAUGAGGAGGGGAAAGAAGGCGACUCUGAUGAAGAUGAUGACGAAGAAGAGGAAGAUGGUGAGGAAUGAUGGGAGUUUUCACCAGAAACCACAUUUGCUUGCAUGCCUCUCUUCUAUAACAGAAUGUGUGAAAGUUUGUGUGUUGAAAGGUUUUUAAUUUUAAGCAAAAGUGGCGUAUGACAACAACAGACAAAGACAAGCUUUCCACCUUUGGGGAAAAUACAUUUUAGUUAUUUUACCGUAAUAGCUACCAUCUUUGUUUGUAUGAAACCAUUUUCAGCCUUUGUUGCAGAAUCCUGCUUAAAUGGUUUUUGAGUCUGACAUAGCUCCUCCAUCCCUUGUCCUCUUCCAUAAAUGUCUGAUGUGUGUGACUUCAGUCUGAAAAUGUUCAUUUUUAGUAAGAAUGAUAAACAUGGCUCUGUUUGAAUUAUGUAGUCUCAUCAACUCAUAAUCAUGUCCCAUGCAGAGAUAUUUAAUGUUAAAAGAGAAGUUUAUUUG